GUUAUUACCAUCGCCAGUAAGAUAGAAGGACUGAGAGCCGAGGCACUGCACCCUGGUGUUGAGCGUAUCAAUGACAACUGGAUGGAUGCUAUUCGUAAAGUAGAGAUUUGCCGUAGAGAUGAACUUGGCCAUGCAUCUAACCACCAGCUAUAUGGUUUUCAAAAACAGGAAGACAAAGCAGAUAUAAUGCGAUUAGCUGACAGCAUUGCCCAUUUAACCUUAGCAACAAGGAAGGCAAGGACAGGCUUGUGGUGUGCUCUUCAAUUGGCAAGGCAACAUCAUUUGAAAAGAUUAAAACAUAAUUGCAGUUCCCAGCAAAAUUGAUGGAACCUAUAAAGUUAUGAAAUAUUAAUAAGAAUAAUUCAUCACUCAUUUAAUUAAAACUGGCUAUCGUGCGGAAGAAAUCUAGAAAUACAGUAGUAUAUUAAUAAUCCUCAUUAUUGUUAACACCAUCAUCAGCAUCAUCUUCAUUAUAAUUACCUUAUUAUUCAUACCUUUAUCAUCACCAUGAUGUUAUCACAAUCAUCUCAUCAUCAUUAUAGUUGUCUUCUUGACUAAAUCAUCACCACUUUCAGAAAUGAUUAAGAAAUACUUUAUCAACCAACUAAUUAAAAUGACUCACAAAUCAAGUUUAAUACAUUGUUGUAUUUUCCCCCCUUUUAACCUUAUGAGAA